CUGGAUACUGUGAGAUAAGGAGUCUAGCUCAUAAUCCCCCUAUAAAUGUCUUCCCAGAGUACGAUCCAAUUCCACCACCACCACCUACAGAAAAAAAAGAAAAGAAAAGAAAGUUUAGUAAUCAAGCUCUCUCCUUCAACAAUGGCCGCCUCAACCAUGGCUCUCUCAUCCCCAUCUUUCGCUGGCAAGGCAGUGAAACUCUCUCCAUUGACCCCCGAGCUCGGCGUUGGUCGUGUCAGCAUGAGGAAAACUGCCACCAAGACCGUUUCCGGUAGCCCAUGGUAUGGUCCAGACCGUGUUAAGUACUUGGGCCCAUUCUCUGGAGAGCCUCCAUCCUACCUUACUGGGGAAUUCCCCGGUGAUUAUGGCUGGGACACCGCUGGACUUUCAGCUGAUCCAGAAACCUUUGCCAAGAACCGUGAGCUCGAGGUCAUCCACUCUAGGUGGGCCAUGCUCGGAGCCCUUGGGUGCGUCUUCCCGGAACUCUUGGCUCGCAACGGAGUCAAAUUCGGCGAGGCUGUUUGGUUCAAGGCUGGAGCACAAAUCUUCAGCGAGGGUGGGCUCGACUACUUGGGUAACCCAAGCUUGGUCCAUGCACAAAGCAUUUUGGCAAUCUGGGCCACACAGGUUAUCUUGAUGGGUGCUGUUGAGGGUUACCGUAUUGCAGGUGGGCCAUUGGGUGAGGUGACUGACCCAAUCUACCCAGGUGGAAGCUUUGACCCCUUGGGUCUUGCUGAUGACCCAGAAGCAUUUGCUGAGCUUAAGGUGAAGGAGCUUAAGAACGGGAGAUUGGCUAUGUUCUCUAUGUUUGGAUUCUUUGUUCAAGCCAUUGUGACAGGAAAGGGACCCUUGGAGAACCUGGCUGACCACCUUGCAGACCCUGUGAACAACAAUGCUUGGGCUUAUGCCACUAACUUUGUCCCCGGAAAGUGAAACAAAGUGAAUUUUCCCUUUUCGGACUGAUAUUGGGAUGUAAAUGAUUGAUUGUUUGUUUGAAAAAGUAAUGAAGAGCUUAAUGUGAAUUUUGUGUUACA